AUGUCUAUAAUAGCAUCCUAUUCACAUUUUGUAUACAAAAAACUUCACCAUAGAGAUGAACACUGUAUCUCCUCUUUUGUAAGUGGCAAAGAUUCUCUGUUGUGGCGUAAGAGUUGUUUUGGGAACAUAUUGAUUGAAAACAGAAACAGAAAGAGAGAAGAAAAAAAGAUUGGAAGAAGAGAUUUUCGUGUGAAAUCUACGUGGCCAGAUUUUUCAAGACCAAGUACAGUUGAAAUGGAAGUUAUUAAUGAUUCUGAACAGCUUGAUCAAAUUCUUGUUCAUGCUCAACAAUACUCUGAGCCUGUUGUUAUUGAUUGGAUGGCUGCUUGGUGCAGAAAGUGCAUAUACUUGAAGCCCAAGUUGGAAAAAUUAGCAGCUGAAUUUGACACCAAAACCAAAUUUUAUUAUGUGGAUGUUAAUAAAGUACCUCAGUCUCUAGUCAAACGUGGCAACAUCUCUAAAAUGCCAACAAUUCAGUUAAAUUGUUUGCAGCUUUGGAAAGAUGGAGAAAUGAAAGCAGAAGUGAUUGGAGGUCAUAAGGCAUGGCUAGUUAUUGAAGAAGUCAGAGAAAUGAUUCAGAAGUAUAUAUAA